AUGUCCCUCCAUGCGUCCAACAUUGACAAGCCUAUCGAUCCUGUAACACCUGAUACCUUGCCAGACGCCUCACAUGAAGACAUCGCAAACGGUCUUUCUGCCAUUGUGGACCACUCCGCAGAGGCACCCAAUGUGACCCACCACAUCCAUACGCCAAUUCGCUCUCUCAUCAAUUCUCACUGGAUCAAAUCCUUGAUACCUGGCAUAGAGAAAUUGGCUGUUGACUACCAUUGCGGGAACUACGUGAUUGUUAGAGGGAGCACUGAACCAUUCUUUGAGACUAUGCCUUUAUACGCCAGACUUGGAAUGCAUCUUUUAUUCUACGGAAAAGAACAAAUCGUUGUGCUUGGAACGCACAAAGUAGACCAGCUACUUCGCCAACAAUCGAUUAAGCAAGGACAAAUCUAUGACGAUCCAAAAUCUGCAGCAUCUAUUCAUUCUUUUAUUGAGACAUAUUCCAUACAGAUUGAUGAAUUACUCGAGCCCGAUAUCACCAAGUAUAAGAAUUUCAACGAGUUCUUUUACAGAAAAUUGAAACCGGAUGCUCGUCCGGUUCAGAACGAAGACGACAAAAGCGUCAUCGUAUCAGCCGCAGAUUGCCGUUUAACAGUUUUCACUUCUAUUGACCUUGCUAAAGCCUUUUGGGUCAAAGGGCAGAACUUUAACGUCCCUAAUCUGCUUAACCUGCCACCCGACUCACCUAAAGCCGAGUCUUUCCAGAACGCCAGUAUCGCUAUUUUCCGUCUCGCCCCUGCGGAUUACCAUCGGUUCCACUGCCCCAUUGACUGUGAGGUUGGGGACAUUGAGAACGUUCCAGGUCAUUUCUAUACAGUCAAUCCUCAAGCUAUCAAUGAACCUGGUUUCGAUGUUUUAACGGCUAAUACCCGUUCCAUCUUGUAUCUGAAGCAUAUUCCGACGGGUCAAUUGGUCGCGUACGUUGCCGUGGGUGCUCUUCUCGUUGGCAGCAUUCAGUGGACGGGCGGCAAAGAAAAGGGGGCCGUUUUGAAAAGAGGAGACGAACUUGGAUACUUUGCUUAUGGCGGAAGCACAAUUGUUAUCGUUUUCCCCAAAGAAAUUGUCGAGUUUGAUGAAGAUCUGGUGUCUAACUCUCAGAAACCUAUUGAGACUCUGGUCAAGGUCGGAUAUUCGAUUGGCAAAACUGUCCGAGCUUGA